GUGAAUGACUUGAAUUAGACUUCUACUCUAUUCAUUCAGUUUUGAUAAUUAUAGUUCCUUUUUCAAGUCCAUGACAGCCAGAUCAGCAUAGGUACUGCGCACUGGUUGCCUAAUCUGGACUGCGCAAGAGGUUACCGUUUUAGGUUAGCGCCAUCGCCCUUAUAUAAACCAGUUGCUCCCAGUGAGAUUCUUCUGUUCACCACAACUCUCUCUCCAUAUCUCCUGCCCUAUAUACUGCCCACAGGAUAAUACUGAGAAAUGCCCCUUAAGAUUGCGAUUGUCGGCGCUGGCCCUGCCGGGUGUAUGCUCGCCCGGCUGCUGCAGCAACAGCCCAACGUGAGCGUGACGGUGUUCGAGUCGGAACCGUCGAUCGACUACCGCUCGCAGGGCGGCUCCCUGGACCUACACGAGCAGAUGGGCCUGCUGGCGAUCAAGAGGGCAGGGCUGCACGACGCCUUCCUGGCGCACGCCCGCUACGACGGCGAAGCCCUGCUGGUGUGCGACGGGCAGAUGAAGCCGUACAUCACCCUGGGGCAGGGGACUGACGCCGCCCACAGCCGCGGCAGGCCCGAGAUCGACCGGGCAGACCUGCGCCGGAUCCUGCUGGAGUCGCUGCCGGCGGCGACGGUGCGAUGGAGCCACCGGCUGCAGCGGGUGCGCGACGACGGGCGCACGCUGGAGUUUGUCGACGGCACCACGGCCACCGGGUAUGAUCUCGUCGUGGGUGGUGACGGGGCCUGGAGCAGAGUGCGCGCGCUGCUCUGCGACACGAAGCCCGAGUACGCCGGGAUGGGCGGCUUCCAGCUCAACAUCCCCAACGCGGCGGAGACGGCGCCCGAGUGCGCCGCGCGGGUCAACCGCGGCGCCAUCUUUGCCUACUCGACGGGCUGCAUGAUGUCGGCGCAGCAGCUGAGCGACGGCAGCAUCAACAUGGGCCUGUGGCGGGUGCGGCCCGAGGGGUGGGAGAAGCAGGUCGAGUAUGACCUCACGGACGGGCGGGCGGUGCGCGAGGCCCAGCAGCGCGAGUUCGCCGACUACGCGCCGGAGAUGCUGCAUUUUGUCGACCGGGCGGUGGAUUCCUCGCGCAUGAUGAGCCGGUCCUUCUAUGCCAUGCCGGUGGGCUUCCGCUGGGCUCAUCGCCCGGGCGUGACGCUCAUCGGGGAUGCCGCCCACGUUAUCUGUCCCUUUACGGGGGAGGGCGUCAACCAGGCCCUGAUGGACGCCCUGCAGUUGGCAGAGGCGAUCCACGCGGCCGCUGCGGACAGUGGUGAUGUUGCCGCAGCUCUCGACAGCCGUGUGCGUCGGUACGAGGACACUCUCUAUGCCCGCGCUGCCGUCUUCCAGAAACGCGCGGCGGAUGUCGCCCACACGAUGUACUUCACCGAGGGAUCGCCGGCGACGACGAUCGAGUUUUAUGCGCUGCAGAACCUCAAGAAUUCCAUGAGCCCGGCCAAGUACAAGGCCAUGUAUCCCUUGCUGGCCACGGGGGUGUAUGGCUAUUUCUUCUGGCAGAAGCAUUUCCACUCAUGACCAUGGCAAAGCGUACAGUUGAAUACAUGAUACUAUUCCAAACCCUAACCCUAACCCUGAGCCAGUUUCAUCCAUGCCGAGUUCAAUAUCUGCUGCGCUGUUGCUCUUUCCUCUGGCAAAAAGGUCAACAUUGA